AACCCAAAAAUGAAAAAUUGAAAUAACAAAAAGGAAAGAGUUAACUAGGGUUUGUGAUAUAGUAGUGAUUAAUUUGAGGGUGAAUCCCAAUACGAUGAAGCCACAUGGGUUCGAGUUCUGGCUACUAAGAAAUUAAAAUUUUGGCAUCGCCAGAAACAAGAGACCGACACGUAGACCGAUAACAUAGGAUACUAACAUAUGGCUAGUUGGGAUCCAUUUCGGUGGAGAGACCAAGAUAUUUUUGUAUAAUUAAAAAAAAAAAAAAGAAGAAAAGAGAAUUAACGGUAGAAAACCUAACUACGAGAGAGUAACACUAUACGACCCAAACCAUGACUCGAUCUUGGGCUAUACAAUUCGGCCCACAUAAAAAAACAGCACGAAUCGUCUAAACUCCACGGCGUCUUGUUAGCAAAUAAACAUCACGAAUUGUAAACCCAAAACACGAAAACGGCGGUGGCGCCAGUUCAUAUCGAUCAUAAUAGUUCCCACGAAUCAAAGAUCAAAAAACAAAUCUACGAAACUCGAUUCAGCAAGCAGAUUGUUGAAGAAGAAGAGAGUUUGAAUCUUCGUGUUCAUUCCUUUGGCUCCUCCCUCCUUCUUCUGAUUCCAUAUAGAUCCAUCGGAAAGCAACAAAGAGAGGUGGAAGCAUGUUCAAUUUUUUGAAAGGAGUGGUGGGUGGAUCCGGGACGGGGCUCAAGGAUCUACCUUACAACAUCGGUGAUCCUUACCCUUCCGCUUGGGGCUCCUGGAUUCAUUAUCGUGGCACCUCCAAGGAUGAUGGAUCUCAAGUUUCGAUCUUUGCUUUGUCUGGGAACAAUGCUCAAGAUGGGCAUUUGGCUGCUGGGAGGAACGGUGUUAAGCGCCUUCGUACUGUGAGGCAUCCAAAUAUACUUUCGUUUCUUCACAGCACGGAGGUUGAAACUCAUGAUGGUUCUACUUCCAAGGUUACAAUCUACAUAGUCACUGAGCCUGUUAUGCCGCUCUCAGAUAAGAUAAAGGAGCUUGGCUUGAAAGCAACCCAGAGGGAUGAGUAUUUUGCACUGGGGCUACACCAGAUAACUAAAGCUGUGAGCUUUCUAAACAAUGAUUGCAAACUUGUGCAUGGAAAUGUAUGUCUGGCGAGUGUUGUUGUCACACCUACUUUGGACUGGAAACUCCAUGCUUUUGAUGUCCUAUCAGAAUUUGAUGGAAGCAACGGAUCUGCGAGUGGACCUAUGCUGCCAUUUGAAUGGCUAGUGGGAACACAGUACAAGCCAAUGGAAAUGGUGAAGUCUGAUUGGAUUGCCAUUAGAAAAUCUCCUCCAUGGGCCAUUGAUUCAUGGGGUUUAGGCUGUCUUAUUUAUGAACUCUUCUCGGGCUCUAAGCUGGGAAAAACAGAGGAGCUGCGUAACACUGUCGGCAUUCCCAAGUCUCUGCUUCCAGAUUAUCAGCGACUCCUAAGUUCCAUGCCUUCUCGCAGAUUGAACACCUCAAAACUUUUAGAAAAUGGCGAGUAUUUCCAAAAUAAGUUGGUGGACACGAUACAUUUUAUGGAUAUCCUUAACCUGAAAGACAGUGUUGAAAAAGAUACUUUCUUCCGCAAACUUCCAAAUGUUGCUGAACAGCUUCCUCGGGAGAUUGUGCUUAAGAAGCUUCUUCCUUUAUUAGCGUCUUCCCUUGAAUUUGGUUCAGCUGUUGCCCCCGCAUUAACUGCUUUACUUAAGAUGGGUUCAUGGUUAUCAACUGAAGAUUUCAAAGUCAAGGUGCUGCCAACAAUAGUCAAGCUUUUUGCUUCCAAUGAUCGAGCUAUUAGAGUUUCACUUUUGCAACAUGUUGAUCAAUUUGGAGAAUCAAUGUCAGGGCAGAUUGUUGAUGAACAAGUAUACCCUCAUGUUGCUACUGGAUUUGCGGACACAUCUGCCUUUCUGCGAGAGCUGACUCUUAAGUCAAUGCUCGUUUUAGCUCCAAAGCUUUCUCAGCGUACACUUUCUGGAUCCCUCUUGAAAUACCUUUCCAAAUUACAGGUGGAUGAAGAGCCUGCAAUAAGAACAAAUACCACUAUAUUACUCGGGAAUAUUGCCACCUACCUCAAUGAAGGGACGAGGAAAAGAGUUUUGAUUAAUGCUUUUACAGUGCGUGCCUUGCGGGAUACAUUUCCACCUGCUCGAGGUGCAGGUAUUGUUGCAUUAUGCGCCACCAGUACCACUUAUGACGACACCGAAAUAGCAACUAAAAUUCUUCCAAAUGUUGUUGUGCUAACCAUUGAUCAAGACAGUGAGGUUCGAUCAAAGGCAUUUCAAGCUGUAGAACAGUUUCUUCAGAUACUGAAACAGAACUAUGAGAAGACAAACGCUGGUGAGACAGGAGCCACUGGAGGAACUUCAGCUAUACCUGAAACUGCUGGUCUGAUCGGAUGGGCUAUGAGUUCUUUAACUCUCAAGGGUAAGCCAUUAGAUCAAGCGUCUCUUGCUUCUUCUUCUUCAGCACCAUCUCUAGCUGCUGCUGCUGCUGCCUCAAAUGCUCCAAGCACAGUAACGGAGGCGCCGAGUGUCAGAGCCAGUCAUCACACACGUUCCAACUCAGACUUCACAGAUCAACCCGCCCCACCAUCCCCAUCAUCAACAGAUGGUUGGGAGAAUGGCAUUACCGAAGGUCAUGACAGCGACAAUGACGGUUGGGAUCUCGAUCCUAUCGACGAACCAAAACGUUCUCCAGCUCUCUCAAACAUUCAAGCAGCUCAGAAACGACCUGUGUCUCAGCCCUCUAGACCUCCAGCUACAAGCUCAAGACCAAAGAUUAGCACAGCUAAAGCAGCUGCGAAAUCAGAAGACGAUGAUUUGUGGGGAUCCUUAGCUGCUCCUCAACCUGCAACUACUUCAAGACCGUUGAACUUAAAGAAGACAGUACAGUCUGACGAUGAAGACCCUUGGGCUGCCAUUGCUGCUCCACCACCAACCACUAGAGCAAAACCUUUGGCUUCUGGUCGUGGUCGAGCAGCCAAACCUGCAGCUCCCAAACUUGGUGCCCAACGCAUUAACCGAACCUCAUCUGGAAUGUGAUGAACACUAGAGGUAUACAAUGUACAUUUUUUUCCAAAGCCAUCUCCAGAUGACUCGAAGAGUUCGAACCAAGCAACCAACACAUUUUUUUAUUUGUAAUACCAUUCAUUUUAAACCCCAAGAAUGUCUCUAUUUUUUACCUAAGCUUUUUAGAUAUUUCAAAAUUUUAUAUGAACAAAUCAUAAACAUUACAAAACUUGUGCCAUGAUUAAUGGUUUUGAUCAAGUUUUUGUUGUGCUU